UAAACACUCGGCAGUGUAGGUGGCAGUGCCUUUGCUCCGGGUCCUGUCAUAGUGUCGGUGUCUCUGUCGCCCCUUGGCCGACUCCCAGGGAUCGUGGUCCCCGGCGUGGUGUGUGUGUACUGGGGUGUCCAUCUCUUCGUCUGUCCAGCGGACGGGCAGCGAGGCCGCGGGCGCUGGGGUUUGGUCCCGCGGCUCUGGCCCCCGGUGGAUGCAGAAUGGCGGUGGCGGCGGCGGCGGUUCGGAUGAACAUCCAGUUGCUGCUGGAGGCAGCCGAUUACCUGGAGCGGCGAGAGCGAGAAGCUGAACAUGGUUAUGCCUCCAUGUUACCAUACAAUAACAAGGACAGAGAUGCCUUAAAACGGAGGAGCAAAUCCAAGAAUAGCAGCAGCAGCAGAUCAACACACAAUGAAAUGGAAAAGAAUAGACGUGCCCAUCUUCGCUUGUGCCUUGAGAAGCUGAAGGGGCUCGUACCGCUUGGACCUGAGUCGAAUCGUCACACUACUUUAAGUUUAUUAACAAAAGCAAAGUUACACAUAAAGAAGCUUGAAGACUGUGACAGAAAAGCAGUACACCAAAUAGACCAGUUACAGCGAGAACAGCGGCACCUGAAAAGGCAGCUGGAGAAGUUGGGCAUCGAGAGAAUAAGAAUGGACAGCAUAGGAUCAACAGUCUGCUCAGAACGCUCUGACUCAGACAGAGAAGAAAUUGAUGUUGACGUUGAAAGCACAGACUAUCUCACAGGCGAUCUGGACUGGAGCAGCAGCAGCGUGAGUGACUCGGACGAGAGGGGGAGCAUGCAGAGCCUCUGCAGUGACGAGGGCUACUCCAGCUCAAGCAUUAAGAGAAUAAAGCUGCAGGACAAUCGCAAGACUUGUCUCGGUCUAUAAGAGACGGCUCUAGCAGUGGCUACCUUCCUUAUGGUUUUCCCUCUUGGAUCUUAUUAGGUAGUGUAUUGGACCUUCCCACAAUUCCCUUGCACGUAAAUUUCGAUGUUCCACCACCUUUACCCAAAUCAGCUUUGCCUAAGUUUUCAGAAAAAAGUGCAUAGGGUCGUGGGUUUACAAAGCUACUCUCUGGAGCACACAUCUGAUUGCAUCCACUAGCUUCUCUUUCUGUCCAUAAAAAUUCAUCUCUGUGAGACUGUACAUUCCAACCAAAUUUUGAAACAUCCAAGAAUAUUUAGACUUAGAGCCAACUCCCAAGUAUCAGUAAUUUCCCCUUUUACUUAUUGUCAUCAUUUAGUCUUCUCAACCUAUCUUAAAUUUUUCUGUUUGCUAUGUUUAUGUAUCUUGUCUAGCAAAAUUGUUCGAUUGUGACUUCUGUUCAAAAAACCUGAAGGAACCAAACUUUUCAAGUUGAGAUCCUAAUCUCAGAACUAUGAAGUAAGCUUUGAAAAGAGCAUUUAAGAGCGCUUAACUGUGUGCCUCACCCCAGGUUUUCCUGGGAAUGCUAGGAAAAAAAUCCCUAAUCCUCUGAAAACUUACCCCUCAAACACUGCACAUGAAUUUCUCCAGACCCGUAUGUAGCCUUGGGCAAUAUCUCUUGCUUUAAACCAGGCACCUCGACUGGACAACAUGUCUUCGGGGUUACACAACUCAUCAAGUUUCUUGAAUGUUUUUCUCACCAACUAAAUGGUACAAUCUAUCCCCAUCUCAUGUUCUGGGGAUUGCACCAUAUUAUUGCUGAAUAGUGCUGUCCCAAGACACACAUUUAUUUUUCCUCAAAGUUUAAUACUACUUGUCUCUGGGAUAAUUUUUUUUUCUACCUCAGAGAUGAACAAGAUGAUCUCCAUUUCCCAUUAGCACAAAAAUGAUUAUGCCUCUUAAAAAAAAUAAGCAACAUUUGGUCCAGUUCCAAUCUAUUUUCCUAUUUAACCUUCAGCAAUAAUUGAGCUGUAGAGCUAGCUGAGCUAGCUUUGUCAUUAAUGAAAGGAAAAGUUCACAUUGCUACUUUCUAUGUUGCAAGUAAACACAAGGGGAUAGUACAAUGUUACUACAGUUCCUCACCUUGUUGAAUUAUUUUUAGACACUCCCAGAAACUUGUUUAUGGAGGCUUUGGGGUUGCUAAUUUAGAAAGCUGAUUUUUUUUUCCCCCAUUUGGCCAUGGUUUCUCCCCAGCUUGGUCCCCCACCUUGCAGCAUUUUUAUUUAAGCUUAACAGAGCACAUGUAUAUGUACAUAAACACAUUAAAUCUAUAAAUACUAUUUAUUCAUUUUUAUAUAAACUAAUGUAAUGGAGAAGAAAUUCUUACAACAUGCUUUUAUAGAUGUUCUAGAAACUUUGUAUGUAGAUAUCUGCUCACUAAAAUCUGUUCAUUUUCCCCUUAAUCUUUUUCUUUUGAACAUUGUAAGGCCUUCAUAUUUUGCGCCUCUUUGGCUAAUCUGUUCAUUGAAUUUGGACCAUUCAUAAGAUGCAUAAAACUAAAAUACAGCAACUGGCACAAGGUGAUUAGAGCGGUCCCAAAUGCCGUAGAUACUUCGCAAUUUUAAGGGCUACCUAGCUUAAUCAGUGAUAGACAACCACCAUGGGCUUUCUUGCUUGCCUGCAAUCCUUACCAUAUGUAUGUACCUUCAGCCUGAUUAUACAUUUAGCUGCCUCAAACCAUUCCAUAUACUCUAAAGUACAAAUUCAGAGAGAGCCUAUGCUCAGACUUUAAAAUUGAUCAGCAGCCUGAAUAAAACUAGAUUACUUUUAGGAUCUUUUUAAAAAUGAUUCUUUAUUGAAUUUUAAAAAUAUGGGAAUUAGGGCUAGUGGAUUUCUUAAACUCCAAAGUCUCUCCUUGUUUUUCCCCGUCCUUUUUUUGUGCUAUUUAAUUUUGUUUUUGUGGGGAAAAAGGGGAGGUGGGAGGGUGGAGUAAAAAAGAAGGAUUUUUUUUUUAAUAGCUGGAACUUUUUCUGAUUACCAGCAGAAGAUUUGCACUGAAAUACAACUUGUAUGCCUUUUGCAUUUAUUAAGCCUGCUUCCUGAGUCCAAGCAGAAAGAUAGUGUUAAGAGAGUUAGCUCGGCCUGUAACAUGUUUAGAAAAGGUACAGAUAUGCCUGCACUUUGAGGUACCUGCUCUGAUGCCCUUUGCAAGACCUCACAAGCAUUUUGUUGGUUAAUGAAAUGUUACAUUUGAACCACCUUCACAAGUCCAAGCCCCAAGUUGUAGAUGCUUUAAGACAUUGGGAAGUGUAGAUUUGAGGGGUAGGAAAGCUUGUGGGCCUGAAUUGGGGGAGGGAACAAAAUUGUGUACUUGUUUAUUUAAUUUAGAAGUAAGGCGUCUGAGAGCCGCCAGUAUUUUCUGUGUUUUAGUUGUUGUGCCUUUGAUUUAAAACUGCAGUUUUGUCUCUUUGGUUGAAAUAAUAAUAAAUGUGUUGUCCCAAUAUAAAACAGUAAUUAUUUGACCUUCA